AUGAAGUUCUCUUCCGUGUUCCUGGCAAUCUUUGCCUUGGCUACUUCUGGCAUUGCCCAGAAAACCUGCACCCCCAGCUUUGAUUAUUGCUCUGAUGUGCUGAUUAAAGACAAAGGCUUCACCGAGGCCGAUCUCAAGGAUGUAAUCAAGGGAUCUGACCUAGAAAAGGAGGACCUGAAGAAUAUUUUGUUCCAUUGCAAGAACCCUGGCGAUGUGGGCCAUGCGAAGCUGUGCUCGAGUGGCUGCAAGAACCCUGCCACGGAGGGUAGCCACUCAUGCGACGCGUAA